AUGCUGAGAAUGCGGGGAAGAGAGCUAUGCUGUAUGGCGGACGAGUUGAAGGUAGUGUUGUUGAGACCAUCACUGCACCGUAACGCUGAUCAUUCUGGCUCUGUCGCCCAUGCCCUGGAGAAUGGUCAUGGUUUUAACAACAGUGAAGUAACAGUUGUCGAUCGACAACGGGACAAGCUGAAGUUAUUAAUCAAGGAGCCGCUACACAUCGCUGCGGGUAAAAGUAGAACGUGCAACGGUUGGUUCCACUGUCAUUUCAGCGGCAUGGAGCAUGAUUCAUCGUUUAAUCAGAGACCGAGCUAUUGUCCAGCCAACCUGGUCAAUUACCAACUGACUCAGUAG